UCUAAAUAGGUCGGGUGUCGUCUGCACUAUCACAAUGUCCGAUAUUAAAAAAUACCUGUACUUGGAAAACACUUUGAACGAAAUGAACAGCAAGUUUAUUUCGCUCCAAGAUAAGGAAGUGAAACGCAACAACCAAAUUCUGGAAUCGAUCCUCAAAACAUUUAUUGACAAAAUGAAGGAGAAAGAUCCCUUAUUCAAAAAAAUGUUUUCGCGCGUUUUCUACGGUGGCAGUUACUACGAUGGCCUCAGAGUUGGCAAACCUGAAGAAUUUGAUUUAGAUUUACUUUUGAGUUUGCCAAAAUAUGCUGAACCCACAAUUAUGGUGAGCAAAGUUCCGGGUUUUGUUCAGUUGAAACUUGGAAAUUAUGAUGGUUUUAUGCGACAACCGGAAGCUGCUCCCACUUAUCGCACUUUUGGCAACUUGUUUGAUAAGGAAUAUUUUCUGGAUACAGAUAAAGUCCUGUCCUGGAUGGAGGGAAUUGUGCAAAAAACCAUGAACGACUUUCCACAAAAAGGGUCAAAAAGGGUCGUUUCCAAUGCGAAUGGAGCUUUCGAGGUAAUUGUGCACAAGGCAGGUCCAGCUUUGACAUUAAAAAUUUCUGGUUCUGGCAUCGCCAUGGACGUUGAUUUGGUCACAUGUUUCAUUUUCCAUUGCGAUUUUUGGCCCAAACCUGGCUUUAAGUCCAACCCUGUUAAAACCAAGCCUGAUUUUUUCAUCGUUCCGAAAAAACCCAAAACAGAAGUGGGACAAAGUAGUCGACAUUGGAGACUUUCGUUUCAAGAGCAAGAAAGAGUUCUAAUCGACAAUAAACGAACGCUGAAACCAACAAUCAAGCUUUUGAAAAAACUGAGGGAUAAUUUGCAACAUCGCGCGAUUGCCAGUUACUAUAUCAAGACGGUUUUGUUGCAUAUUGUUGAUAAAAAGCCGGAGGAGUUUUGGAGGAAUCCGUUGAGUUAUGUUUUUGUGAGUGUGUUAAGUGAGUAUAAAGAUUGUAUAGAAAAGGGGAAAAUUCCAUAUUAUUGGAACCCGAGUAAUAAUUUGUUGGGGCGUGUAAAUGCGAAAAAUUUGGAAAAUAUGGCCAAUCGGCUCAAGGCCAUUCUCAGUGAUGUGGAGAAGAAAAAAGAUGAACCGCAUGCAAUUGUUAAAUAUUUUUUGGAUAGUAAAGAUUACAAUGUUUAUAUGAUGGGCAAGAUGAAACUGUGAAGUAGAAAUUAGGGUUUUAAUAAUAAAUCAAGUUUUUCUAUUUAUGUCUCAUGAAAUAUAAUAAAAAUCUGGAAAUUUU